GGCAGGGACUGUGGCGAGGCCGCAGCCCAGUGGAUCACAAGCUUCCUGAAGACGCAGCCCUACCGCCUGGUGCACUUCGAGCCCCACAUGCGACCAAGAAAUUCUCACCAAAUAGAGGAUGUGUUCCGGCCCACCGAUCAGGAGCAUCUUCCUUCCGAUUUAUGUAAGCCUCCUGGUGCGAGUAAGGCUUCAAAACUGCUCUAGGCCAAUAUAUUUCCUACUCCAUUCUGUAACUGCAUGCGGAGGCUAGCCCUUUAAUACUGCGAUGGCAACUGUGUGUCAGAUCACAGUCGUGUACGCGGACGCCAGCCCAUUUUUGAUUCUUUCUGAGGCAUCCUUGGCGGAUCUCAACUCCCGGCUAGAGAAGAAAGUUAAAGCCACUAACUUCAGGCCCAAUAUCCUAAUUUCAGGGUGUGGUGUCUAUGCAGAGGUUUUAUUGCACAUAAAAGGGGCUCUCCCCGACCCUUGCCUUCCCCACCUCCUCCAGUCAAGCAGAGGCUUCCUGAAGGAGAUGAGUUUCCAACCCAGUUUUACAAGUAAGAGCAGACGGAGCAUUUCAUUUCAUGGGAGUGAACUGACUUCCAAGGCAGAGGGAGGGAAACAGGGAGGCGCGUGGCUUCUCGGAACGGACGCGAAGUCUGCCAUCUUUGAGGAUUCGUGGGAUGAGCUGCUCAUUGGCGACGUGGAACUGAAAAGGGUGAUGGCUUGCUCCAGGUGCAUUUUAACCACAGUGGAUCCGGACACGGGCAUCAUGAGCAGGAAGGAGCCGCUGGAGACCCUGAAGAGUUAUCGCCUGUGUGAUCCUUCUGAACAAAAAUUGUAUGGAAAAUCACCUCUCUUUGGACAGUAUUUUGUUCUGGAAAACCCAGGGAAAAUCCAAGUGGGAGACCCUGUGUACCUGCUCAGCCAGGAAUGGGAAUCCUAUGUCUUGGGAUAGCAGAGGCCUUUAAAAAAAAUGUUCUCAAAAAUGCCGACA